AUGGAGACUAUGAAUGAAACAGAAGCAGGUGAAGGGGGCAAAGACACAAUUAUUGCAAAGCAGGAGAAAAAUAAUGAACAUUGUGUUCAGAGUAUUGAUAAGUUGUCAGAAUCAACGGACGCUGAUGGUGAGGAUGAUACCAGUGAUGAAGAUGAUGAAGACAGUAACCCUAAAAAGGAUACUCGUGCCCCAUUAGAAUUGAUGGCAGAAUUCCUGAGAGCAGAAAUGGGCCGAGACUAUCAUCUCGCAAAAAAAUUAUGUCAGAUGAUCAUAAUCUAUGAACCAGAAAAUCCUGAGGCCAAGGAGUUUUUAUCACUUAUUGAAGAAAUGUUGCUGAUGGAGAAAGCUCAGAAUCUCAAGGAAGAUGAGGAAGACAGCGAAGAGGACAGCAGUGGUGAGAGCGAGGGAGAAAGCAGCGAGGACUUAAGUGACGAGAGUUCUGAUGAGUGUGAAGAUGGAUCAUGA